AUGUCCGAACUUGCAUUCUGCAAGUCGUUCCUCACAGCGCUCGACGCGCGCCCAGCAAAGCUAUCUUCAGACCACAUCGCAGAUGCACGGCAAUAUCCCGCACAAGGUGCCUACAUCCUCCCGCGCCUCCCCCACCCCCCUCACCCAACCCGCCCGCUCCCCAAAAAUGCCGCCUCCAGCUCUUCCUCCUCAUCCCUCACCGUCUCGCUCAAGCCCAUGAAGCCCACGCACCCAACAAUCCCGCUGACCGACAUCUCCACCUCCAAAACAUCCGUCUUCGACCUGAAAUCCCACUACGCCGCGCAGUCCAGCAUACCGGCUAGUAAAAUAAAGAUCCUGUACAAGAAGAAGCCCGUCGCGGAUUCUAAAACGGUCAGCGAAGUAAUUGGCCAGGAUGCUGCCGGCGAGGUGGAGUUUGGGGUUAUGAUUAUGGGAGGCGCCGUUGCGUCGCCGGCGGCGGGGACGCCAGUUACGAGUCCGCCUGCGGUGGCUCCGAGUGAGGCCGAGAAGGGGCUGGCGGGUGAAGCAGCGCCGGUGGCUGUGGGGCCGAGUGGGAAGGAGGUGGUGGCUACGGAGGAGUUUUGGUCCGAUUUGAAGAACUUUGUUAUGCAGAGGACGAAGGAUGAGGCUGAGGCAGAGAGCUUGACGAAGGUGUUUAGAGGGGCUUGGGAAGACAGCAAGUGA